CUCGGUUAACUCGGUCUUGGCGGGCUGUGACCUCGACGGUUGUGUGCGAAUCAGACUGGCAAGCGAACCCAUCUGCUCUCCGCAUCCGAAAUUUGCAGUAAAGCAGAAUAGGAUCCCUUUAAACGAAUCAUCAGCCGGGACUGCAGAAUGCGCACUUCAUAGAACAAAAUCGGCCCGCUUGUUCUCCAAUUGCCCCCCGUCUUAAAGAAAACGUUUUUGCCGGGACGACAAUUCCUCCAGAGGAGAUAUCUACGCAACGAGUCAACGCCAUGUCUGGUGUAGCUUCCAAGAACCUCUACGAGCUGCUCGGGAACGACCCCGAGCAGGACUCUGACAGAGAACCUGAGCCCCCCACCCAGGCUAUCGACAAGCCUGUUGCGCGGACGACCAAGCGCAAUGCUCCCGAUGCCGCCCCCAAGGCCGUCGAUGCCUCUCUUGAGCGCCCUACUCGAGGUGGCCGACGUGGCGACGCCGUUACUGGUAGCGAGCGGGCCUUCCGUGACCGCCAGGCUGGCAGCGUGAACAACCGCAGCAAGCCCACCGAUGACGGCCUCCGUUUUGACCGUCACUCUGACCGCCUCGGUGGUGGUCGCGUCCAGCAGCGCGGUGGCCGUGGUGGUCCCCGCGGUGCUCGUGGCUCUCGUGACGACCGUCACAGCCGUACCGCUCACGCCGACACUGAGAAGCAGAUUGGCCGUGGCUGGGGUGCCAGCAAGGGCGAGAACGAGUGGGUCGACGAGAAGGCUGGUGAGGCUAUGGCCAAGGCCGAGGAGAAGGAGGGUGGCUUCGAUGCCAACGUCGAGGCUCCCGUCGAUGCUGAGGGUCACCACCCCGCCGCUGACGACCGUGACGCUGCUGCCCCCGAGCCCGAGGCCGAGGACAAGAGCAAGUCGUACGCCGACUACCUUGCCGAGCAGCUCGAGAAGAAGGCCAGCUUAGGCGGCAUCCCCGAGGCCCGCAAGGUCGGUGAGGCCGGCGACAAGAAGUCUCAGGGCGCCAAGAAGUUCGAACGCGGCAACGAGGAGGAAUACAUGUCUGGUGUUUCCGGCAAGCAGAAGCGCGAGAAGGAGCGCAAGGCCAAGGUCUUUGUCGACAUUGACCACAGCUUCCACGAGGCUCCCCGUGAGCGGCCCGCUGGCCGUGGCGGCCGUGGUGGUCCCCGCGGUGGUGGCGAGCGUGGUGGCCGGGGCCGUGGUGCCCCUCGCGGUGGUGCCCCUCGUGGUGGCGCUCGCGGUGGUCCUCGUGGCGGUGCUGCCGUCAACGUUGCUGACCAGAGCGCCUUCCCCAGCUUGGGCGCUUAAGCGCAUCCAUACGAAGCCCCCAAAAAUUUCGCGCGCGUGCCCGCUCGUCGAAAUCCGUCCAUCAUGCGCCUUUUCCUCUCUUUAAUUUUUUCUUUUCUUUUCUUUUCUUCUGCUCUCCAACCCUUUUUCCAACCUCUCUUUUCCGUCUUGUUAAACCGUCUAUCGCAUCGUCGCUAUUGUUGAGCAACAACCGGGUCUCAUCUGCCGCCAACCGUUUUAUUCUCUCCACAACACCUUUAUUUUCCUGGUCGUCUCGUCGUCGUCGUUAUCGCGCAUACGUGAAUGUGAUACUUAUCUCCUCUACAUCCACCUAACUCGUCGACUUCAAUUCGGUUGUGAUGGGAUCCCGAUCGUU